CCCCCGUAGAAAGCCGAGGCGCGCGCUUCCGUCUUCGCACGCGUGUUCAAUGCGCGCGCAAAAGACCUGCGAGUACGAAGAUGCAGCGGAGGAAACCGAAGGAGGACAAGGUGGGGGACAGAGCAGGGAACAAGGCGGGGGACUGGCACCGGCGUGCCCAGCAGAAACCGGACUCCUCAGAUGCAGCUGCGGACACCCAGAAGAGCUGGUAUUCCCAUGUGUUAUCUGUGGGGAAGUUUGUUCUGCUCCUGAUCUUCAUACCCCCUUUCCUAAAUUAUGCCUCACUUCAGAGGGAAGGUCUUCUUCUGCAGCCUGAGGGAGGACAUUUGAUUGACAUUGGAUUAGGCCAGAAACUGUAUAUCAAUUGCAAAGGUGCAGGUCAGCCUGUAGUGCUCUUGGAUGCGCCAACUGGAAUGUCGUCAGAUGUCUGGUUUCAGAUACAGGAAGAUCUCUCACAUCUGACCAAGGUGUGUGCUUAUGACCGGGUUGGCCUGGGGUUCAGUAAAAGAGCCCCCCAGAAUGAGACCACGGGAAUGGAGAAGAUUUGGCGAGAGUCCACUACCGGAAGAAUGGUGGAUGACCUGCACAGGCUAACCAAGGAGGCCAGUCUUCAGAAACCCUUCAUCAUUGUGGGCUCAGAGCUGGGGGCACUCAAUGUGAGGUUCUACAGUCAUAUUCACGACUGGGAGGUUUCAGAUCUGGUGCUUAUUGAUCCAAUCCCAGAAGACAUUUUUAAGGAGGAGAUGUGGCAAGACUACUGGUACAAAGAUGUUGUGCCUCGUCUUCAAGCAAUGCAGUUUUCUGCAGCUACUGGACUGAGCCGACUUCUCCUGAUUGCCGGGUGGAUGCAGCAACCACUUGUGGGCUUGAAUGUUUCUGAAGACUUAAUUAGAAGACAGAAGUACCUCUUGAGCAAUCCGGCUCAUCAAAGCGGCGCUGUGGAUGAACACUUCUUUCUGAAUGAAAGUGCAUUUCAGGUCAGAGAGAUUUCUAAGUAUAAGCCACUGUCAAGUGCGACAUCGGUCACUGUCAUCACUGGAGACAAGUACGAUGAACUUCUUCCCACCCAAAUUAAUGAGAUGGUGGCUCGGCUGCAGGAGCAUCGGUUGGUUCAAAUCUACCCGCAAGCUCAGUUUUUUAAGAUUGCUGGUGUGGACAGAAGAAUGAUUUACAGAAAUCCGUUGGAUGUCACAAAGCACUUGGUGAGGCUCAUCAAGCUAAAGAUGAAACCCGUCAGACAACUGAAUAGUUAAUAUGAUGCGGUGCCGAGUUGAUUAGAGGUGAUUGUGUUUUAUCGGCUGUUUUUUUUUUUAAACUUAUAAUAAAAUUAUAAUUGUAAGAAAUGUCA